AUGUGGUUUCAUCGCAAUGUCUUCUACUUUUCAGUGCCACCAAUGAUCUUGGAACAGUACACGAGUAAUGAUAUGGUUGUGCGAGAGGGCUCAAAUGUUACGUUAAAUUGCAAAGCAAAGGGAUAUCCUGAGCCAUACAUCAUGUGGCGUCGAGAGGAUGGCAGCGAAAUGUCCAUCGGCGGUGAAAAUGUUGCCGUCGUUGAUGGAGAAGUGCUGUCGAUUGUUAAAGUGAGUCGACUCCAUAUGGCGGCUUAUUUAUGUGUAGCUUCAAAUGGGGUUCCACCGUCAGUGAGUAAAAAAUUGGAACUCCGGGUUCAAUUUCCCCCCAUGCUUUCGAUCCCCAAUCAGCUGGAGGGAGCCUAUACUGGCCAGGAUGUCACUCUGGAGUGUCACACAGAAGCAUAUCCGGCAUCGAUAAAUUACUGGACGACAGAUCGUGGAGAUAUGAUUAUAUCAGACACUUCACGCGCAGGAGAUAAAUUCGAGACGCUGUCCAUCAGCAAUGGCUACAGCAAGUACAUGAAGCUGAAGAUACGAAAUGUUGGACCCAAGGACUUUGGUUCAUAUCGAUGCGUAGCCAAGAAUUCUCUCGGGGAAACAGAUGGUCUUAUAAAGCUCGAUGAAAUUCCCGCACCAACAACGCCAAUGACAACGGAAGUGUACCACUUGAAUCGGUCAAGGGUGAAGAAUCGGAAGAAGUACCUGUCGAGCUUCGUCACCGUUGGAGACUACGGCGUUGAAGAAUGGAAAGAUAACAAUGAUUACAAUGGAGACUUCUCAUUGCCAUCGCGAGGGCCACCACCCAUUCGACAUCCACCUGGUGCAUAUCAUAACAAUUCCCAUCCACCCUUCAUAGCACCAUCAACUUCAGCUCUCGUGAUACUCGCAAUCAUCCUCAUUAUCAUGACUCCAAUGCUUAUGAGAUGAGAACAUUCCUUCCCGCCCGAAGGGACAACACAUUUUGCCACACUUCUCCAGUAAGUUCAUCACAUUUCUUACAUCGUUGCGUUUUCACAGAUAAAAAAAGCAACAACAAGAAAAAAAAGAAACGAUAUAAAAAAGAAGAAAAUAAUAACGUUAAACUCAUUGAGUCAUUUUCACGCACAGUUUAUUUGAUAAACAACAGAGACAUCUUAAAAAGACAAAUCCUAUGAAUAUUGAAUGAAUUGUGCUAUAGAACUUUAAAAAAAAGUGAAUCUUCUCCGUUCUUCACAAUAAACCAAAACAAGUCAUUUCUUUCUGCGGUGCUAAAGUGUAAUUAAUAUUGAUCAUUAAUACCUAAUCGUAUAGUUAAGAUAUUACCAAGCGUAUUCAGUUUUCGAGAGUUUAUUCUAUUAAAAAAAUUGCGAUUCUACCUUUGAUUUUAUCUUCCAAAUCUUUUAAAAUGAAAUAUCGUUCAAUCGUUCUAGAUAUGAAACAUAAAUAAAACAUUAUGUUACAGGGGUUGCAGGUGAAAGGUAAGAACAUCUUCAUUAAAAGGAAUUCUUUUUUGUCUCAUAGUUUUAA